AUGUUUUACUCACACCAGCUUCUCGCUCGAAAAGCUCCACUCGGCCAAAUCUGGAUGGCUGCGACUAUGCAUGCGAAGAUUAACAGAAAGAAACUGAGUAAGCUGAAUAUCAUCAAGAUCUGUGAAGAGAUUCUUAAUCCAGCGAUUCCAAUGGCUCUGAGACUUUCUGGAAUUCUCAUGGGUGGAGUUGUGAUUGUCUAUGAAAGAAAAGUGAAGAUGCUUUAUGAUGAUGUUUCGCGUCUUCUGGUUGAAAUUAAUGAAGCCUGGAAAGUAAAGAGUGGCCCUGAUCCUACAUUGCUUCCUAAAGGGAAAUCUCAAGCCAAGAGAUCGGCAAUUACUAUGCCAGAUAUAGAGCAGAUGACUAUUGAAAUGGAACAGUCCCAUCAGUCCAAUGCAACGUGGUUCCAGCAUAGUAACUACGUUUCUAUGACACUUGAUGAUGUGCAGGAACCCGACCUUGGUAAUCGAGAUUCAGGGGAUGAUCACCAUCAAGCUGCUCUGGAGGAUAUUAACUUACCUGAACCUUUCCAAUAUAAUACGGAUCCACCCAAUCAAAAUGAGAGGUUUGACGCAGGAGAUGACGAAACACAAUGGAAUGUAACUUCAGGGGAUUAUGGUCAAUUUCCGUCCGUGCAUAUACCCUCCCCACCUCCUCCAGAUGACCCAGAGAGAGUGGAAGACCAACAUCCUGAGCACCCGAGCAGUCAGCAACAUAAUGACAACAUUAAUGCUAGAGAGGAACCUCAAAGGCGACGGGCAGCUAAAAGAAAAAGAGUAAAAUCAAUAGAAAUGGACUACAAGCAAACCGUGAUCGCUGCUCCUACAUACCAAAGCUGGCUUCAAGACCCUUCUGCUUUAGUCUCAAAAAGAGGACGAAUGGAAAAGUUGCAGCAGCGACAUUUUAUCAUGUCUUCAACUAAGAUAGCUAACCUCACGGAGGUUCCACCUGGUGUGAUAAAGGAUGGCUUAUUUUCAAUUGUAAACAAAGAUAUACAUUAUCCAACACCUGCUGUUGACUCAUGGAUUAAGAGCACUCAACCACCCCAUGAUUCACCAUCAGUUAGUAUUUCACCACAGCAUCCUCCAGAACCAUCAUCACCUCCAGGAGUACAUAAUAAUGACUCGGAAGGAUAUGUUUCUGAAGAUCUUGAUAAUAGGCUAAACAAUAUAAUUAAGGCUUCGCGAGAGAUGCAGGUGACACAGAUCCCAGACAAUGGUUUGAGAGUACCCGAUGGGACUCCCCACGCCUCAUCAGGGAAAUCUGAUGGAUCUCAGGGAGGAGACAAAGAAAAUUCCAUCCCAAGUACCGUAUCUGGACAUCGUCUUUCCUCACAUUCAGACUUGGAGAGAGGAAGACCCACAAAGAGAACGCGCUGUUCAUCAUUUGGAAACAGCAGUGGGGGGCUUCCUACAGUUGCUGAGAAUGAAAAUUUUCCGGAUGCAAAUUUCAAACUAUCUAAGAGGUUGUCUAACAUUGGUCCAACACCUGAUCAAGAUCUUUUUGUGGAGACAGCACCCACUCAAACACAAGGAAAGGCCAAUCAUCCUAGUGAUGAGUUGACCAAAUCAAUCCAUGAUCAGAUGAAAAGCCAUUUUGACUCCCCCGGAGCUCCUCAAUUUGAAUCCCUAGAUGCCUUAACUGCUAGAAUGACAAGAAAACAAGCAGCACUACUUUUCUAUCAAACUUGUGUUCUUGCUACCCGCGAUGUCCUAAGAGUGGAGCAGGAGGUACCUUAUGGGGAGAUUAUUAUCUCUAGAGGAUCAAAGAUGUAAUGAAGGUCUGGUUUUCUCUCCAUUUAUGCAGGUGGAUGUUGAUGUUUAAUUUAGGAAUCAACAGUGAUUCCUCCAUACAUAUAAAUUCAUUUUAUAGUUACCACAUACUCUUUAAAACAUAACACAGAUGAAUUACCAUAUAGCAUAGCAACCACUAGGAUUUUAAUUUUGAAAAUAUGUUAUUACUAGACAAUUGGAUUUAAAAUUUGGAAAUUGGUAUUACUAGACAGUUGAUUAUUGUUCUGCUUAAUGAAAUAUCUGUAAGUAUUAUGUGCAUGAUUGGAUUCAAACGUGAGAGAGAAAAUUAAUUUGCUUAUCAUAUUCUUUUGUAAUUGACUUUGACUUAGAGAAUUGGUUCUAAAAUAAAGUUGAGAUUAUAUGUC